AUGGGAAACAGCGGGAGCAGAAACAACGGCGGCCGCCGGAGACACGCCUCCCGCCAAAACCACCCUGUUCCGCCUCCUCCGGCCCCACCUCAGCCCGAAAUCUCUCAAAACCGCUACGUAUUCGCAGCGGCGACUCCGUACCCGUCUCAGUACCCCAACCCCAACCCGCCCCAGUACCCCAACCCCAACCCGUCCCAGUACUACCAGUACCCGGGUUACUACCCGCCGCCGCCCAUGCCCGUGCCUCUGCCGGCUCCGUACGAUCACCACCACCACCGCGUUCCCCAUCCCCAAGUGGACACG